AUGGAAGAAAUUCUGCAAACAUUUGUUAUAGUGAUUGUUGUACAAACAGUCCUACAAGAGAAAAACAUACUAGUUUUUAGUAAACUAACUCCACGGUUCAGCCUUCAGUGAAUGGUUGACAGUCAUUUAGUUGAUCAAGAAAUGUCAUGUUUGCAAGGAAUCCAAACAUUCAUCUCUGUAAAAGCUUACUAUUGAAUACUAAUCUGAGCCAACUGAAUUCAGUUCACACCCUCAUACACUAGGUCUCCCAAGUGGCCCAUUUCCUUGGGUUUUUGUAAAACAUUUUGCAUUAUUUCCUUGUUUCUCAUGAAUGCCAAUGUUCUGUUGCUUUGGAUAUGGCAAAAAUUUUUCCCAUUUUUAGGCAUUCUGUAACACUGUCUUUUAUAGUGAAUGGAUUUUUAUCCCUUUUUCUCUGAUUUAAAAACAUGAACCAAGCAUAAAUCGUUCUGUUUACUGUACCCUGAAACUGGCUCUGAAAAUGAAGCCAACUUCUUCUGUUCCUACUCCAUUAAGUCAUUGCUUAUUGACUGUCCUUCCUACUUCUGUUUAAGUAUCUCCUUUGGUAAUUUAUCUGUUCAAGGUCUAAUUUUGUGCAAAGUACACACACACACACACAGCUAUAUGCUCAGGAACAUAUCCAGUGGGUACUUACUGCCCAGUGUUAGUAAGACACUAAGUUACAAGCCACAGUUUCAACCUGAUACCACAAUGAUCUUGAUGCCAUAUAUUUUACUGGUGCUGAUGACAGUACCUUGUCUUGCAAAGAGUUCUGAGAAUUCAAACGAAAAGGAGACUUCCAAAGAGAGAAGCACUUCACCAACCAAUAAUCCAUCACUGCAAUCUUCAUCAGAGCCAGCAGUAGCCAUUACAACAGAGAGCAUGCAGUCUUCAAAAGAAGAUGACCUUCAAACAGCAAAUCAAAUUGGACUAGGAUUUGGCAGCCCUUGGUAUCAGGGAUUUGGAGGACAUCGGGGGUACCUGGGGGGUCGGGGACUUGGGGGAUCUUGGGGAGGCCUGGGAUCUGGAGGACCUUGGGGAGGCCUGGGAUUUGGAAGACCAUGGGGAGGCCUGGGAUUUGGAGGAUAUGGAAGGGGUCAGGGAUUUGGAGGAUAUGGAAGGGGUCAGGGAUUUGGUGGACUUUGGAGGGGAUAGGGAUUAGGAAUUGAUAACAUUACUGAGCUAGUUUAGGAUGAUGGUGUUGACUUUAAGUACAAUAAAUACAACUGAUAUUAUUAUUCUUGAACUAGGUAUUUUUUUAAGAAAUCCCAGAAGACUGCUUUCUUCAUAGUCACCGCCAUGAAAGUCUCAAAUCUUACAUAGGUAUUUUUUGCAUCAAAUUCAGAAUUUGAACAUAAAAGGCUUGCAGUAGAGUACAUCAAAUACUUAUGGGAUGGAUUCAAAGUAAUCUUUUCCUAGAAGCACCUUUAGUCACUGGUUCAAUAAGUAUAGCAACAGGCUAGAAGCUGAAUGCCUGAGGUUCGAUUUCUGGCAGGGGAAAGAGAUUUUACUCUCCUCCACAA